GCCGCAGAAGAAGAACCAGCUGAAGAGGCAUCUAAAGCAGAGGAGGCGCCGGUUGAGGAGAAGCCAAAACCUCGUGCUCCACCACCACAGGAAGAGAAACCUGUAGCGGAAAUGACGGAGGCUGAAGCUGCUAUGCUGGCGGCGAAGAAACGUCAUGAAGAAGAGGAAGCGCUCAAGAUGCUUGACUACGAGCAGCGUCGUAUUGCUGAGAAGGAAAAGAUGGAGCAGGAGCUCCGUGAACUUAAAGAGAAGCAGGAGAGACGUCGUGCAGAACGUGAAGAAGACGAGCGCCAGUUCGCUGAACGCCGUCGUCAGGAUGAAGAGCGCAGACGUAAGGAAGAGGAAGAGCGCAAGGCUAAAUCUGAUGCGGAAAAGAAUCGCAAGAAUGACGAGAGACUGCGUCGUCAGCAAAUGAUGGCUGGCUCAUUCGCUGGUCACCAUGCUCUGCCAGGAACCGGCAAAAACUUCACCGUCGAAAGAAGCGAUAAGGCAGCUCAGUUUGGUAACCUUGCUCAGGUAAAGAAGAAGGACGGUCUUAGCAAGGAACAGGUGGAAGAAGCCAAACGCGCAUUUAUCGCUAGUGUUUGCCGUGCUGUGGAUAUCUCCGCACUGCUACCUAACGACCUGAAGGCUCGAAUUAAAGCCCUGCACGAAAGAAUCGCCAAGCUCGAAAGUGACAAGUACGAUUUGGAAAAGCGCCAGGAACGCCAGGAGUACGACAUGAAAGAAUUGCACGAACGUCAGCGACAAGCAGCUCGCAACAAGGCCCUUCAGAAGGGACUCGAUCCUGAAGAAGCUGCCUCAUCUCAACACCCACCAAAGGUCACCACCGCCUCGAAAUUCGAUCGCCAAAUCGACAGACGAUCAUACGUCGAUCGCCGCAUUAUGUUCGAGAAGCCGGUUGUACCGAAGCCACCAACCAUCGCCCGUGGAACUGCCCGCCCACCAAGCGAUUGGGGACGCAAGGAAAACGAGGAGCUGGAACAACUCCGCAAAAACCUUGAGCCGCCAAAAUACGUGGAACAGGUUAAGGCUGAAGGUGAAGCUGCUCGUCCACCAGUAGCCCCAAUUCCAUUGCAGUUGCCCGAAAAGGACUUCGAAGAUGAGGAGCCAGCACCGGCUGAGGAGCCUGCUGCAGCUGGUGAAGAAGUUGAAGUAGCCUGA